AUGGCGUCUUCUGCGCUCAGCUCGGAUGAAGGGGAAAUCGUAGAGGCAACUCCCCUGCCUCGCUCUGAUCAAAACGGUGAUGUUGACCGGACCGGCAGACAUCGAGGCAGAUUUCCGUCCAACACCCCUGAGAAUGACUUGCCAUCGAGGGGCCCGGUUGACGGACCCAGCCGACGAAGCCGAUCGCCGCGUGGCUGGAAGCGGCCACACGAUGACCAUCGAGAUGCCCGCGACGCCCGCGAUGCCCGACAGUUCCGCGUUCACUAUGAAGGUGGCGCUCGAGAUGACCGUCGCUAUAACCGAGAUUUAGACCGUCCCGCCUCGCGUGGGUCACUUCGCUACGACGAUCGUCCGGCAUAUCCCCGCCCUUCCGGCCCUCGUGCAGACGACCGCAAGCGCAGCGGCUAUGAUCGUGCUUACGACCGCGAAUCUGGUUACAACGGCUAUCCUGAGAAGCGUCCGCGGACCCGCAGUCGGUCGCCCCGCGGCAGAGCUGACAAGGGGAGGCGAGACCGGGGACGGAUGCCAGACGAAGACAAGUACAGUGCCCAAACUGAGAGACGUUCACAGGAGGGCUCUAGUUCCAAACGGGCUGCUCCAGUGGAAGCCCCCGGUCAUUCCAAACAAGAUGCUAAAUCUGAUCAAGGUGUUACGGUUGACCGAGGCAUUAAUGGCCUGACGGUUUCUCAGUCCAGCGCGCCCGCACAGGAUCCCGAGCCGGACGUUGACUGGGAUCCAGACACGGCGAUGGACGAAGAGGCGGCUGUUCAGGCCGAGAUUGAGCGUCGUCGGCGUGCAAGAGAAGCAGCUCUCAAGCGAGGUAUUGGCGUCGCAACCCCUUCCAUCCAGGCCUUGCAGGCUCAGGCUAGCGAUAAGCCUGCGUCCACACCAGCUUCAACUCGUCACAACACCCCGAUUCCGCAAAGACUCGAGGACAACACGCCGCAAUCAAACGGCUCCUCAACGCCCGCGCUCUCCCCAAAGCGAACCCAGGAUGCUCUGUCUCCUGCUGCCUUUAACUUUGCUGACGACCAGGCACUCAUCAACGCUCAUGGUGACGCCAGGGCAAUCGACGAAGACGGGCCUUCGGCCGCCGAUUAUGACCCGACGGUUGAUAUGAAGGAAGACGAGCGCCGCGACGAGUUGCGUCAUGGUAACGUAGGUUUGCAUGGGGAACCGCGGAACGCUCCGAAGGAAGAAAUGGCUGCCCCUACCGUUCCAGAUGAGGACCAGGUUGCCAAGAAGCAAACCGAGGACGAUGAUGAUUUCGACAUGUUCGCCGAAGACUUUGACGAGCAGAAAUAUGCGGCCCCUGCGGCUACCAAAGCUCAAGCAGAUCAGGAGCGUCCCACUGCAGCCGGCGGUGGUAUCCUGGAAGGAGAUGACGAGGAGGGCUAUUACAAAAUCAGGGCCGGCGAUCUUCUGGAUGGGCGCUACCAGAUCUCGACUAAUCUGGGCCGAGGCAUGUUUGCAAACGUGACUCGGGCUGUUGACAUCACCUCCAAGAAGGUCGUCGCCAUCAAGAUCAUGCGGAAUAACGAUGCACUUCGGAAAGGAGGCUACACAGAAAUUGCCAUACUGCAGAAACUCAACGAUACAGAUCCCGACGACAAGAAACACAUUGUCAGGUUUGAGCGAUCCUUUGAGCACAAGGGCCACCUGUGCAUGGCCUUUGAGAACCUUAGCAUGAAUCUCCGCGAGGUCCUCAAGAAGUUUGGAAACAACGUGGGGAUCAAUCUGAAUGCGACCAGGGCGUACGCGUACCAGAUCUUUUUGGCGCUUGGCCACAUGCGCAAACAGAGCAUCAUCCACGCCGAUCUGAAGCCUGACAAUAUUCUGGUGAACGAAGCCCGGAACGUGCUGAAAAUUUGCGACUUGGGCACAGCUAUUGACCGUUCUGACGCUGCCACAGCUUCUACCGAGGUCAUGCCUUAUCUGGUCAGCAGAUUCUACCGAGCCCCCGAGAUCAUGUUGGGCAUGCCAUUCGACUAUGCCAUCGACAUGUGGUCCAUUGGCUGCACGCUGUACGAGCUUUACACGGGCAAAAUCCUCUUCACCGGCGAGACCAACAACCAGAUGCUCAAGAACAUCAUGGAGAUCCGAGGCAAGAUAAGCGCCAAGCUGUACCGCCGAGGCGAACGUGCCCAUUUGCAUUUUGACGAAACAGGCAGGUUCAUCAGCGUUGAACGCGACAAUCUUGGAAAGACCAACAUCAAGCACAUGGCGGUGGUGCCACCGACGCGGGACCUUCGAACCCGUCUGCUUGCGGCGUCAAGCGGCAUGACUGAUGCCGAGACCAGGGAGCUCAACCACUUUGUUGACCUCCUGGAACGCUGCUUGACGCUUAACCCGGAUAAACGUCUCACUCCGGCUGAGGCGCUCAGGCAUCCUUUCUUCACUCACCGCGUGCAUCCGCAUUUGCAUGCUCGCUAA